AUGUUUGUCUUUGCCGUGGAGGAACCGAUGGUGGAUUUUGGGUAUUCUAUGCUGGAUCUCGAGGAUGAAUCGUAUUACUCUUCGAUGGAAGUCAAUAUCGAGUCGCUAUCAGUCUCCGGGGAUCACUCUGUAAUAGAAUUUGAGGGAGAAUCUAUGCCGAAUGGGGAUGAUGAGCCUGUGUUAGAUCUCGAAGACACGCCUCCGCCCACCCUCUUGGAUGAAAGCGCACUAGCACCGACGGCCGACCCUGGGACAGUCAGUCCAAAUUCCGAGACAGCCGAGAAGAGUCAGGAAUCGAAUCAAGAGAAAGCCAAAAAAGAAGAAAAAGAAAAACAAGAGCCGAGGGAAGGAACGAUAGAGAUCAAGCUCCUUAGGGCCGAAUCAAGAAAGGAGAAGUUGAUGCAUGUUAUCCACGAUCUAGAAAAAGUAAUCGCUGAUAAAGAACACGAGUGCAAAAAGGCCGAAGCCGAGCUUGAGGAGACGGCUUCCAAAUUCAGGGUUACACAACACCGUGCACUUCUCAGAGAGGCGUAUGUCGAGCAAAUGCAUGCCCGGAACAACGAGAUGAUCCACGAGAAGAAGCUGUCCGACGUAGAAAAGAAAAAGCUGGAGAGAAAGAUGCAGUAUGAGAUCGAUCGACAAAAGGAACAGAAUUUGCACAUCCAAAACAAGCUCGAGAAGGCAAUCGAGGGCGUGCGGGAGAUGUUCGAUGAACACAAGAAAGACCAUGAAAAUCGAGUUGAGGCAGCAAAAGUCUAUCAAGAGAAUGUUGAAGAUCACAAUGAGCGGCUCUUUUGGUUCUUGCAUUUUAUGGACGCUACUGAAGAAUACGUGUGGAGCCACCGAAUUCCUGAUAAAGAUGUCUUUUAUGAAGCCGAGGUCAAUUUGUUGAGAAGCAGGACAAUUGACUGGACUGGGUCGCCGCCGACAAUCGACUACCCUCCAAACAGUAAUCAGUUGGCGAUUCAAUACCCGAGAGACAGGGAUGAGAUAUCGGAUGACUGCGCCACCGGCGAUGAUGGCAUUGCAAUUGAUACCCCCAGGAGCAGUGUUAGUGGUGCCUAUGAGGUUAUGGGUGCCUUCUGGGGCAGUGAUGAGAUAUCAGAUGACUAUGCCUCGAGCUGUGAUCGGUAA